AUGGAACAUACCUUAACACCUGCUACUAAUAACUACACUAGAAAACGAAAAAGGAACAGCGAUACGUGGAAGAAAAAUGUGAUAAAAAAACAAAGGUAUGAGUCAAAGAGUAUGCCGCAGAGAGUUUGCCAUCACAAUACACCAGCAUUUAAAUGUCAGAAUUUAACUAUGGCGCAAAUGAAAAAAAUUCAUCAGGAUUUUUAUUCCCAUACGAAUAAAAAAGACCAAGAUGCUAUACUCUUAAAAUUAUGUAAAAUAAUGUCUGCCAACCGUACCAGUAAAAAUCAUUACAAAUAUAAGGGGAAGAAGCAAACUACCAUAAAAUAUGGAGUGAUUGUUAACAAGACGAGAAUACCUAUCUGUAAUAAAUUCUUUUUGCAUAUUUUUGGAAUUACCAAACACAGAGUGGCAUUUGUAAUGAAAAAGUUUUAUUACACUGGUGAAGUUGGUACUGAGCAUCGUGGAGGAGACCGCAAAACAGCAAAGUUCGCUGAUCAAAAACGAUCUAUUCACAACUACAUUGCAACAUUGCAAUGCAUAGAGUCUCACUACUGUAGAAAAUCGAAAUCAGCUGAACGAAAAUAUCUACCAUCUGAAUUAAGUUUGUCUAAAUUAUUCAAAAUGUACAAACGAAAUAAACAAAUAUCUAUGCUAAAUCCUGAACCUCUGCCAAAUAUUGUAGCCGUAAACAAAAAUAAGUUACAGGAUGUAAAGAAACUUCUCCAAAAACAUUACGGGUCUGAGUGGGUAGCUUUACGUUCUUUAAUGUUUUAUAAAGAACUCCUCCAAACACAAGAGGAACUAGUGGCUCCACAAACCGAAGAAAGUUUCUGCAACGAAUCAACUGGCGAAACUAUUGAAUUACACGUUUAA